AUGCCCCUCAGGUCCACUAUUUGCCACUAUGCCGUACUAAAAGAAGCCAGUACCACUACCAAAGUACGGGUGGUGUUUGACGGAUCUGCCAAAACAUCCACCGGUUACUCCCUUAACGAUGCCCUUCAAGUAGGCCCAAUUGUCCAAGACGAAUUUCUGACCCUCGUCCUUCGAUUCAGAAAGUAUCCCAUCACAUUAGUCGCGGACAUUGCAAAAAUGUACCGCCAAGUAUUGCUGCAUCCUGAAUACACUUCCCUACAGCGAAUUCUCUGGCGAUUCAAUCUGAAUGCGCCAGUGGCCACAAAUGAGCUGCAGACAGUCACAUACGGACUUGCACCGUCAUCUUUUCUGGCCACACGCACUCUACAACAGCUUGCUGCGGACGACAGUGAUACCUACCUACUCGGUGGACCUGCUCUGAGGAAAGGUUUCUAUGUGGACGACUACAUAGGGGGAGCGAACACACUGGAGGUGGCAAUACAAACCCGUGAGGAGCUGGAUGAGCUGCUUGGCAGAGGAGGAUUCCAGUUAAGAAAGUAG